CUCCUCGACUUGAUCAGCUAAACCUUGCUGGCAGCAUGAGAGCAGUAUUAUGACUACGGCUUUUUUGAGAAAUACUGCAACCUGGAAUAUCAUGCCUAGCAUUUAAAGUUCUGGAGAGCUUUGACGGAAUUAGCAAGCGCAAUGGGAAAUACUGUGAAAACACCGAGAGCCUCCGAAGAAGCAAAUGCGCCGAGCCAAACGGGCCAGGAAAGUGAUUUCCUUGCUGUCCUCUACGACUACCCUUCAGCAGACAUAAGCCAACCUAUAUUUCACGUAGGGGAAAAACUACGUGUGCUAUCAGAUGAAGGAGGCUGGUGGAGAGUCCAUUCCCUUACAACAGGUCGAGAAAAUUAUAUUCCAGGAAAAUAUGUAGCAAAAGUUUACCAUGGCUGGUUAUUUGAAGGGCUGGGAAGAGAAAAAGCAGAGGAACUUCUACAGCUACCCAACACUAAGGUUGGCUCCUUCAUGAUCAGAGAGAGCGAAACUAGGAAAGGGUUAUAUUCCUUGUCCGUGCGGCACCGGCAAGUGAAACAUUACAGGAUCUUCCGCCUUCCAAAUAACUGGUAUUACAUCUCUCCACGGCAAACUUUUCAGUGCCUUGAAGAUCUUGUGAAUCACUACUCAGAAGUCGCUGACGGUCUUUGCUGCGUCCUUACAACACCUUGUCUUACCCAGUGCACUAACAACAACAGCGUGACAAAUCAAGUUCCUCCUGUGGUGAUGCGGAAUAAAAACUUCAACUGGAGAAAUAUUCACAGGCUGGAGGUGACUGAAGAUGCUGAAAGCACCCUGGCAGCAAUGGAUGAUUCUUGCCUCAGUUAUGGCCUGAGGGAAAGUAUAGCUUCCUACCUCUCCUUAACAGGGGAUGACAAUACUUCUUUUGCAAGUGCCAGAAAGAAGAAAGCCCAAUCUCUUAUAUACACAGGGAGCAAACGUAAGAGUGCCCUUCACUUGCCACCUACAUACUAUGAAGACUAA